GCAGUACGCUAACGUUUCGUUUGCCUGCUUGGCAAGCAAUGGAGAAGAAGAAGAAGAAGACGAAGAAGACCAUCGAUUUAAACAUUACCUGAAGCUACCGCUAAUGUUGCUAACAGGAGGGAGCUGUCAAAUCUCCUCAUGGCCACACCAGUGCCUGUGCUCCGCCUACCAAAAGGUCCUGACCCAAACAGCCGCGGGUUCGACCCCAAUUCUCCUCGUUUCAUUGCUCUAUGCCGCACGUCCAUCCCCACUUCGGCUGCAGCGGAGUCGGACCCUGUGCAGCUGCAGGAAGAGCAGCAUGCACGCUCUGUGCUGAGAGAGCGGUUCCUACGUUGUCUGCUUGCGAUGACCAACAAGAAAGUUCAGUUUCAGAUGCAUGAGAAGGUGAACGUUGAGGCUACAUUUGGGGCGUCGGAUAUUGACGUCCUGAACUUUCAGGUGUCUGACCUGCACACUCCCAUCGGGGUGCAAAAAGAAGCUCUCAUCAGAUGUCAGGAUGUCAUUUCAUUCACAUUUGAUAUAUGAUGCUCUGAGCCCAGUUCCUGCCAGAAGCACCUUACUGUCUCUCUUUUGAUUCUGUAAAAUACAUUAUCAAAGUGUUCUCUACUUAGGGUGGCAUUGUUGCACAAUGUCUUGGUGAACACUCCGGGUGGAAUAGGUUUAUACGAAAUGUGUGAUAAACACGUCUAGAUUUGACGUUCAUAAACCGUUUCGCCACAAGAGGGAGCCAUUUAUUUUUCAUGAAAUAAGUGUUUGAAACUUGCUCAGUCCAUUCUGGGUGAUAGAUUAGGCACAUACUUGUUAAACAAUUGUCUUGACUGAACUGAACAGAAAUGUUGCUACUGCUAUAUUAUUGCUGAUGACUUACUGUGGUUUUGGAAUAAUCUGACAUAAUAAAAAUUAUUUUACACGUCUCACCUGGAUGGCAACACCCCCAUCUUUGUAUAUGAGGUUCAACAAGCUUUUACUUUGAAGCAUUCAUUUGUUUCCUUUCCUCACACUUUCUACCUUUCUGGCUUUGUAUUUGCUUGUUUUUGUACUUUGCAAAUAAAGAAAGAAAAGACUUGUGAAUAAA